GAGGGCUAUGACAGCAGAGGGUAUAGAUUUACAAGGCUGUCUACUGCCAUGGUUAAAACAGUAGGACUGAAGCUUCAGGUCCAUCCUAUACCAGCCUUAUACACUAGGGAAACCGCCUAUGUAAAUUAUACAGUAACCAAUACUGGACCAGCAGGAAACUUUAAUGUCUCAAUCCUCGACACUGAAAAUUUGGUCACUGGAUCAGCGUUUUCAGUGUUCUACCUAUCUGAAGAUGAAAAUAGGACUGGUUCUUUCACCCUGUAUGGGGGUAUAGAUCCAAACGUAACAAGCAAAAUGAUAAUAUCGGCGGCGCCCAGCGGUGGGGGUAGUUUGACAGCUCAAUAUAAAAUACGGCGGAUAUCUGUCGGGGAGAGGCUUGAACAGGUUGAGGAUAAUGCUGCUCCAAACUGCACCAUUUUGUCAUCCGUUGACCCAUGUCAGCUAGAGCAGCUGGACCCCUGCGUGUGCCACGCCCACUUGUGGCACGUGACUGCUGAGAUCACCGAAACUGGGUUUGGCUUGCAUCGUAUCUACGCUGGAAAACUUAACAGUAGUUCGGCGGCGUUUUCUUACGACAAUUUUACAUCUGCGUCUUCACUUACAAACCCGGUGAUGGUAAACGUGAGCUCUGAUUGCUGCAACCCUCUAGUUUACAUCAACGCGGGGGAUUUAGCCGGUAACCUUGGCCAAUGUACCAUAGACCACAGGUUACAUGGAGUUCCCAGUGAGUGUAUUGAAACCACAACGACUACCGAGGGCACCACAACCGCGUAUGAUGCGCCGACAACAGGUACGGCUGAGAACCCGGAGACCACGACUGUUAGUGCCACUACCCAUACCAUUGCUGCUACACAAAAUACCGCAACCCCCUCAGUAACCAAUGGCGAAUCAACACUUUCAUUCGAAGUUUUUACUCCCGAAACAACUAACGUUGAUAUAACAUCCCCAACCGAAGAUACUACUCCCAAAACAACUAAUGACGUGUCAGUUACUAUUUCAUCCAAUACCGCAACCCUAUCAGUAACCAAUGGUGAAUCAACACUUUCAUUCGAAGUUUCUACUCCCGAAACAACUAACGUUGACGUAACAUCCCCAACCGAAGAUACUACUCCCAAAACAACUAAUGACGUGCCAGUUACUAUUUCAUCCAAUGAAACAGUUCGACCAGGCUAUUCGAAUAGUCGAUAUGGAGAACCGAAUCCCAAUGAGCCUUCGCCUAUCAUCCCAACUUACGGUAUAGCUCUUUUGGUGGUAGGGGUCAUCAUCGUAAUUCUUGGAGGCACAUUGUUCCUUUAUAAGAAAGGAAUUAUUUUCAAAUCUCUUAAUUUACAAAGACGAAUUGCCCCCUGCCAAGACGUAGAUGUCAUCAAAGCGGACUACGUCGUGGAUGGGAAAAGUUCUGCAUCAGUAAAUGAGAACAACGGUGACUCCAGUGCACCUGAAGCCAAUUUAAACCAUGUACAAAAAGACGUUGUUAUAGAUUAUUUCAUUUAUGUGUAAAAGACAGAAAAGACUUGACUGAUAUUUGUACUCAGCCAAGUGACUCUUGAGUACAGUUGGUGCACGGUCUAGAUGUACAGUGACAUACUUGUGGUACACACGCUGGACAAAAGAAGUGUCACCCCCUGAAUCAGAGAAAUCAAAGUUAUAAACCUGAAGAGGCGGAAUAUAAGCAAUG